AUGCUUACCGUCGAUAGAAGACAACAGCAUCGGGAAGGACGAUGCGCUGCCGAAGAAAAAGCAUCUAGUGGCAAAAAAAACGAUACCUCGUCAUCCCGAACGACAACAAGUAAAUCUGUACAGAAGUUCGAAAAAGGUCAUCGACGUGCAUUUUCGAUGCCCAGUUCAGGAGGAAAUCGUAUGACUCUGUCCAUAGAUGAUGGUUUGCAUAAACGACAUGUGGUCCGCUACAAACUUCAGCCACAUAGACAUCGUAAUGCAAACAAUACUUUACGAUCUAUUGAUAAUUGUAAAGAUUCAAAUUUCUCUUCUACUUUACAGUUUUGGGAAGCACGUUGGAAGGUAACAAAUUUCGAGUUUUUGCCCGUUUGGCUUCAAGAUAACGAAUAUUUACGAACCGGUCAUCGCCCACCGUUACCAAGUUUUGUUUCGUGUUUCAAGAGUAUAUUCUCAUUGCACACGGAGACUGGUAAUAUUUGGACGCAUAUGUUUGGUUGUGUUGCAUUUGUUGGUGUGACGCUGUUUUUCUUGUUACGUCCCAAUUCAUUGGUGCAGUGGCCUGAAAAAGUGGUGUUUUCAUCUUUCUUUCUGGGUGCAAUCGUUUGUUUGGGUAUGUCGUUUGCUUUUCAUACGGUUCAGUGUCAUUCGUUAUAUUUGUAUGCAUACAUAUGUGUAUUAUUAAACUUUGGUUCCUUCAUUCCUUGGAUCUAUUAUGGAUUUUAUUGUCGUACAGCGACGAUGAUCGUUUACAUGUCAAUGAUCUUUAUGCUGGGCAUUGCGGCAGUCAUUGUUUCACUAUGGGAUAAAUUUGCUGCGCCGAAAUUUCGACCGGUUCGAGCCGGUGUUUUCGUCGCAAUGGGUUUAAGCAGUAUUGUACCAGCGAUUCAUCUUUUUAUAACAGACGGUAUUCGUGUUCUGUUGGAUGAAGCAUCAUUGCAUUGGCUUUUGUUGAUGGGUUUACUCUAUUUGACCGGUGCGGCAGUUUAUGCGAGUCGUACACCGGAACGUUGUUUCCCAGGAAAAUGUGAUUUAUUGUUUCAAUCACAUCAGCUCUUCCAUAUGUUCGUAGUUGUGGCCGCAUUUGUGCAUUUUCACGGCAUCUGUGAAAUGGCGAUGAAAAAACUCGAGCAAGGCUCAUGUGCAGAGCAAGUUUUGGAUCGAUAUGGUAUCCAGUUCCAGCCAUCUUCACUCGACAAUUGGUUCGGUCUAGAUUCUUUGUGA